AUGAUCUCUUCACAAAAUGAAACGCGUAUUGUUCUAAUCGGACGAACAGGGAAUGGAAAAAGUUCUACGGGCAACUCAUUGUUACAUUCUCGAAGCGCUUUUCAUGCGACACAAUCAGGUCGAUCAAUCACGAGAGAUUGUCAAGUUGCAAGAUAUCAAUAUACAGAUACUUGCGGUCGAUUUACACCAGAAGAAAAAAAUACGGUCGAUUUUAUUCGACAUAUAUUUGGUCCAGAUGCUGUUCGAUAUUGUAUUGUCGUCUUUACUGCUGAGGAUCAAUUAGACGAAGGUCAAUCUCUAGAAGAUUUUAUUAAUACAGCACCAGCAUUACGAGAACUGGUUCGAGCUUGUGGUAAUAGAACAUUUGCUAUCAAUAAUAAAUUAAAUGGUGACCCGUUAGCAAAAAAAACAAAUCGAUUAAUUGAAAUCAUUGAUAAUAUGAUCAGAAAUA